CAGUGUGUCAAUGGAAAGUUUCGUACAGAAGCUUGCCAAGCAGUCCCACUCAAAAGCUCAUGAAGUUUACUAGACUGUUGCUAAAGCUCUACUGCCCAUUCGCUUGUACACAAAUGCCAUUGUUCAAGUUUUGGUGGUAAAGCUUAGUCUAUGGCUCGAUCACACAGUUUGGAGACUGCAAACAGGCUGAUCAUCGUUUAGUUUCUCCAUUAACUCUGAGCUGGUGUGAAGGCCGAGAAGUAAGCCUCGAUAACAAAUACACUAAAUAUGCUAGCCGAUCGUUCGCUUCUCGUUCUCUGCCUUGGACUGUUCCUCUGCUGCGAGAGUCUCCCCACAAAGUCCUUGUCCAACAUGAGGCUGUCUACGGCGACGCCGACAUCGACGUUGCAGAACAGUGAUACGACGUCGUUUCCCGUUCUUCAGAGCAUAUUCACUCUGCCGGAGAUUUGUAAACAGGGCUUUAAGCUGACCGGGGACCCACAGCGCUGCCGAAAAAUCGCCUAAAAGGGCAACCAGGCGAUCAAGUUUUUGAUCUGAUAACCGCAAAAGUGAUGUAAACAAAAAUCGAAUAAAGUGACGCAAACUGCAAACUGAAUUCAUUAA